AUGGAGACGGAAGUUAAGAGGAAACGCAUGAAAUCAACCAUGGAAGAGAAGGAAGUGGAGGCAGGAGGUGAAUUAGGUUUGGAGACUGUAGAGAAAGAAGAAACUGAGACAAACGUUGUGGGAUCUGAAGAGAUGGAACUCAAUAUCAGUAACAUUCUUGAAAAGAUUGAUCGCUUCACCGAGAUGGUAUCUGAGGUACUAGAAUCAGGGAAGACAAUGUUCAAGGAACUCAGUAAUGAUUUUGAAGAGAAGAUGAUUAUGAUACACAAGGAACAAAUGGAGAAAUGGCAAGAGGAGAUCAAAGAAUUGCGGUUGCUUGAUGCCUCAAAUGAGGAGGCAAGUGCUAUCCUACAUAAUGCUCGUUUUCUACUUCAGAAUCCUCACACUGAUUCUUGA